AGUCCGUAUUCGACCGCAACAUAGCAUGAGUCUUGUGGUAUAAAUCAAGACGAUAUUAACGCCUGCAGAUAUGGUUGUUCUGCUAUUGUCUAGAGUAGGUCUAGUACCAGUUUGACCCUUAUCAACAAGUUAAUAUGUGACCUGUGUGUGUUAUCUUAGUAUUCGUUUUCGAUUCCUUCUCUUUUUCUCAAUGAUCUAGCUAGAAUUUUCGUAUUUCAAGCAGAAAAAAGAAAUAAUGUCGGAUAGCGAACAGGAAUUCGAGUUCGAGUCGGAUGGCGAGAUUACACAGGACGAAGAUGAGGAUGAGGACGCUAUUGCGAUCGAGAACCAUUUUUACGAGGCGGAUGAUCACAAGCUCAACAACCCCGCGCAUGCGCUGCAGCAGUUUCAGAAGGUGGUAUCUUUGGACAACGAGCGGCAGCGAAAGAAUGGCGGCGGCGGCCGACAGAGCAACGAGCAGUGGAAGUUCAAAUCUCUGCAGAACAUCGUGAUUCUUGCGGCGCGCGUCGGCCAAACCGACACGAUGCGCAACACCAUGCGCGAGGUGCUCUCGCUGUUGGGGUCGGUGAGCAGAAAUGACGCGCAGGAGGCCGUAAACUCGAUUCUCGAUCAAAUUCUCCAACCCCUUCUGCUGCUGCAAGGUACUAGCGAAGUGUGCGUAGAUGGUGCAGCACCACCAUCAUUACACGGCAGCAAAAUAAACCAGCCGGCGGGUGCGUUGCCAGUGAUACUGAUCGAGAUGUAUGAAAUGACUUUGGACCACCUGGAGAAAGACGACAAUCAGUUUUCCCUUUGGCUCUCCUCCGUGAUAAAGUUGUGCAAACUGCAUUUGCAAUCCUUCGAGAAAAGCGGCAAUGAGCAGGACCGCGGGAGCCUGAAGCGGUUGAUUCCAAAAAUCUACAGCGUAAUCGACAGAAAUAACAGCACUUCUGCUGGAUCUGGAGCAGGGACAACUACAACAUCAACUACGUCUUCACACAAUAACUUAUUGCAAACUAACAGCACGCAGUGGAUCGAAAUUUACGCUGUGGAGAUCCAGUUCGCGGCACUGAUCCAAGAUUUCCAACGGUUGAAGGAGUUGUAUCCCAAAACCAUCGAGCUCACGUCCGCGAUCGCAGACCCGCGGAACCUCGCCGUCAUCCGGGAGAUCGGAGGGCGCUACCUGUACAUGCGGGAAAAGCAGUGGCUCCAAGCCUACAACGAGUUUUUCGAGGCCUUCCAGACCUACCAGGCGCUCGGCAACGGGAGCAAGGCCAAGCUGAUGCUGAAGUUUGUGAUCCUCAGCAACAUGCUGGCCUGCUCGGAUAUCAACCCCUUCGACAGUCGGGAGGCCAAGGUGUACGCCGAAGAUCCGGAGCUGAAGAAACUGAUUCAACUGCGGCAAGCGGUAGAGACAAACGACGUGGACGGACUGAACGAACACUUGGCACACUUUUUGCAGACGGAGAAGGAGAUUUUCGCGGACUUUGAACAAGAGUUGAGAAGUGUGACGAGGUCGGGCAUUGUGUUGCACCUCCUCACGGCGUACCAAAAAAUAUCGCUGUCCUACCUCGCGAAUCUGCUGGAGGUGCCCGAGGCAGAAACGCUGCACCUCGUGAAAACCCUGAUACUCAACGGCCGGCUAGACAACUGCCUUGUAGACGAAGUCACGGGAUUUCUCGUGCGUGUCCGAAUGCCCGACGAGGAGGAGGAAGAGGAAGACACGAAAGACGACAACUCCUCCAAGAGGAAAACUCUAGUCCAGGAUCUGCAGCAGGCACGACAGUUGGAAAUGGGCAAGUGGUUGGAGAGCCUAGACAGAAUCAGCUUUAACUUGACCAACAACGCGGCCACUUCUAUCUCGCUAUUCUCUGGGGGCGGAAGCGCAGCCUCGUCUUUUUCGAACGCCGGGGACACGCCUCUGCUCGGUCCCAGUGCAGCGCCGCACGGAGGAAUUAUGCCGCCAGGUGGGGGUUUACUGGGUUCGGCAAUGGACGACCACCUGGGUGGUCCGGGCGACAUGAUGGAGCCGGCUGCAUUCGAUUUGUCAGCGGAACCAGCGGGCCAGCAAGAUCUUCUGGAUGACCCUGCCGGAUUGACACAUUAUAACUCAACGCAAUUUUACCAACAAUGAAGAUGAGCCCGGCCAUCGGCGAGGACGCUCCUACACGACCCAGACAUCGCCGUCACGGAACGUUCCUGUUCCUCGGCGCAUCAUCAAUAACUUAGUGUGUCUGUGAAAGUGGAAGAUGAUGCACGUGUUGACGAUAUGUCCUGCUGAUGUUCGGGUGUGGUUUCACUGUUACCACCAAUCUGAAUCUUUUUUGUAGUUGGAAUGAAGAAAAUCCAAAUCGAAAUCGAAUUCGACAGGCCUCCUCGUACAACAUCAAUUGUUGCAGCGC